CAGCGCUAUGCGUGGCCGUGACCUGUGAGAAUGUUCAGCUAUUGCAUAAAUCGCUUGUUCGCCUCAACUUGCAUCUGAUGCGCCCAGCUUUGCUGCGGCUCCUAAAGCGGCCGUCAGCUCUUGCACUCCUGAGCGAGCUGAGCUCAUCGUCGGCGAAACUUGAACAGCUUAAUUGCAUCGGGGAAUGCGCUAGAUGCCAGCUUCCUCAAAAAAAUGCACGACAGCUACGAUCUUACAGCUCUCCUACGAAUCGAACGUCGACGUCACAAAGGCUCCAUAUUCAUGAAAUCACCAGCAUUGAUACUAAAACACUCUCGCGGAUUUCCUCAACAGAACUGCAAAGAGAAUCGUCGUUAUUGCUUGACGCGAGUAAAUUGGAAUACGAGUCAGACGUCGGCCAUCCGGGAAACAUUGGGACUCGGCUUGUGGAUGAUUCAAAUCGACGUCUAGACUAUGACCUAUGGAAAGAACUUCUUCGUUAUCGGAAGCGUCACUACGGAGAUUCAGGUGUUAUCGAUAUAUGGAAAGGUAUUUCUUACCGGGCCGACAAAGUACAGUUGCCUGUUGAGGGGCGAAUAGCAGAUUAUAUUUGGCAGAACUUUGUCAACGUGGGUCUGAAAAACAACCAAUUCUUGGACGAAUUAGUAGACUAUGCCGAGAAGGUCUGGUCUCGAACUGGACAACCCUGGAGCAGGUUCUAUCAGGCCAUUGUUGGUGGUUUUUUAGAACAGGGAAUGCCAGUUCAAGCUGUUGCCUGGCACCGCAAGCUGCAAGCCUUUCAUUUGCGUUCCGCAAAUGACAUCGCACUGGUCAUAGAUCAAGCUAUGACAUGCAAUCCUGUGGAACCACCGGAUUGGGAUCUUUUCUCGGCAGAUGCCAUCAAAUUGGGAUUUCGCCCGGGAUUGAGAGCAUUUGGAGAGAUUUGCCUUGCGACAACAGACCAUAGGAUCUAUGAUGUUGUGAUUUCUUUUUUGUUGGAGCAAGGUUACCCUUUGGACGCCUUGUACAUGCAUGAAUUCCUAGUGGAGAGAAAGGAUCUGCCUUCUGAUGCUACUUUAAUGAGAACGCUAUCAGUUUUUGCUAAGAAAGAAAGGGACACGUUCUCUAGAAAAGUGAGGCAUAGAAUCCGGAAAAUCAAGACUAACCUCGAUACUCUGCAAGAUGAAUUUGCUAUGUCUAAGAAGGCCGUCGAUUUAAAUCUUACAACAGGCCACGAAAGGAACUCAGAGCAGGAUGAUGGGAACUCCUGGAUCAAAGAGAGGGCAUUCAAAGACGAGUUUGGGGCGCGUCUCUUCGCAACCAAAGCUUUGACCGUUGACACCAUAACAAAUGGUCUACAAAUGUUUGGUGUCCAAGCAAUUGGGCCGCUUUCACUCAAGGAGAUGGCUCUUAGAGCAAAAGGACCGAAAGACAUUUUGGAAAAGAUGAAGGCGCUGCGUGAUGCAGGUGUUACUAUACGCGAUUGCGCAUUUACAAGAGUUCUUGAGAAACUCGCAAUGGAUAAUAAAGACAUUGUCCUGGAAGACCUUCUUCGCAGCGAUCAACACCCGGAUGUUUUUGAAGACGUGGCUCUACAAGAACACUUUUUGUGCUCAUAUCUGAUGGCCCGAGAUUGGCGACUAUACAACCUGACCAAAGCGAUUCUCAACGAUGUAGCCAAGGACAACUUGGACAACAUCCAAUUCCGCGUCUCUAUAACAGCCAGUGAGUGGUCAGCAGCUGCAGAUAUUGCAGGCAAAAUAUUGCUUGACGGAAAUGCACUCUCGGAGGAGAGUAUAAACUACAUGUUCAACAAUCUACUCAGCCCUCGACGUAGCGGCAAACAUCCAGCAUAUAAGAUAGAUCCCCAGGUCGACGAAAUGGCUUUUGCGAUACGAAUAUUGAAAAUGGCUUUGAAACUGCAAUCUGAUUUCAAUCCUUCUUACUGGGUCGAACUGCUCUUGCGUCUAGGUAAGAACAGACACGAUCAAUGGGACAAAAUCCAUCAUCUGUGCGUAUGGCUCGCGCGGCAUUAUGCGGUGCAAGAUUCGCCAUUUCUUCAAAGCCUGUCAAGAUCAAAGGGGGUUGAUGCCGAGACUCUUCUAGCUAAGCACCGGACUGAAUCACGGCUGAUAUUCAAUCCGCGUCUACAAAUGGCCCUCAUCGCAUGGGGCUUCAAGUUGGAACUGUGGCACCUGGAACACGAGAUGCCCGAUAAUCAAGGCGGGCAGGUGAUUCGCUGGAUGCGAGGACUACUCCUGCUGCGAGAGCUCGAGCAAAUGGGGAUUACGAUAUAUCCAAGCUUUGUACGGCGAGGGUGUCGCGAACGUCUUCAAGUUCUGUUUGGUGCAGCCGGACUCUCAAACCGACCAUGGAAUCGAUCUAUUCGACAACGCAAUCCGUUCACGCUCUCUCAUGUGCUUGAAGACAUGCUCAAAGUGUGGCCAUCUCUACUUACAGAGGAGGAAAAGGCCGAUGUGUAUAAUAAUUUCAUCGAUCGCCCUCUUCUUGGGCGGACGGUUCGGAGAAUGGAAGAGCAGCUGGACUGGCUUCAGCAGCCCUAUUCGUGAUUCGCACAGUUUCUAUGUAUAUUACGUCAUAUUACUAUAUAUAAAUUUAUACGCUACGCUUCUUGAGACAGGUA